ACCAACCCAGAAACUCCUAGUAGGAAAAAAGUGGAAAAAGAAUAUCAAAGAAAUCCCUUUUACAUUUCCUCUCCGGUCAUUUAAUCACCGCCGCCUCCGGUGCUGCUGCCGCCACCACAAUCGUCGUCCCCUGCCCUUAACCAGUUCAAUUACACAUUUUAUCAUCACAAUUUCUCCAAAUUUACCAAAGAAAUUAAAUUACUAGGGUUAGGGUUUUGGGGAACUUGAUGAAAAGAAGAAAGAAUAGUAACAUGGAAGGUUUCAAGGACUCGGUAUCCAGGUCGGUGAGCGAGACGGUGAACGGGUCACACCAAUUCACGAUCGAGGGUUAUUCGUUGGCGAAAGGGAUGGGUCCCGGGAAAUGUAUAUCCAGCGAUGUUUUUACCGUCGGAGGUUACGAUUGGGCGAUUUACUUUUAUCCCGACGGUAAAAAUCCGGAGGAUAGUGCGAUGUAUGUUUCGGUUUUCAUUGCGCUGGCCAGUGAAGGUACCGAUGUUCGAGCACUUUUCGAGCUCACCCUUGUUGACCAGAGCGGGAAAGGGAAGCAUAAGGUUCAUAGUCACUUUGAUAGAGCUUUGGAGAGUGGGCCUUAUACAUUGAAGUACAGAGGAAGCAUGUGGGGCUACAAGCGAUUCUAUAGAAGAACAACUUUAGAAAGUUCUGACUACAUAAAGGACGAUUGCCUAAUCAUGAACUGCACCGUUGGAGUAGUUAGAACUUGCCUCGAGGGGCCAAAACUUUCUUCUAUUCCUGUACCACCAUCAGAUAUGGGUCAGAAUCUUAGAGCUUUGCUAGAGUCUGAAAAUGGUUGUGAUAUAAUUUUUCAAGUUGGAGACGAGGCAUUUAAAGCGCAUAAGUUGAUCCUUGCUGCACGCUCGCCUGUUUUUAAAGCACAGUUUUUUGGUCUUGUUGGGGACCCUAACUUGGAUAAAGUACUAGUGAAGAAUUUUGAGCCUUCUAUCUUCAAGGCAAUGCUCUUAUUUAUUUAUACCGACAAGCUUCCUGAUGUACGAGAAAUUACAGACUCAACAUCUAUUUGUGCAUCUACCAACAUGGUGCAACAUCUUUUGGCUGCUGCUGAUCUGUAUAAUUUAGAUAGACUCAAAGUGUUGUGUGAGGCAAAAUUGUGCGAAGAACUUAAUGCUGACACGGUGGCAACAACCCUUGCACUUGCUGAGCAGCACCACUGUGCACAACUGAAGGCCAUAUGUUUGAAAUUUGCGGCAACUCCAGCUAACUUGGGAGCGGUAAUGCAAUCGGAAGGCUUCAGGCACUUGGAGGAAUCUUGCCCAUCUUUGUUGUCAGAGCUGUUGAAGGCCUUCGCAUCCAGUGAGGAGAGCGGAAGCCUGCUGUCAAGUCGGAAGAGGAGUGCCAGCAGUGUCUACGGGAUGGAUCUUGCAGCAGAAGGCUCUGCUGUAGAAUCAGUGAAUCCUAAUGGCAGGCGAGUUCGGAGACAUUGACUGCGAAGGUAAGUGUAUUUUCAGUGUUUCCGGGACAUAAAAUCGAAAAUGUAUCUACAUGGUUGACUUGUUAGUUAUAACUUUAAAUGGAGUUUUGGUACUGUGUAUAAAUGAAACUAUGUUUUCUUGAGGUGGAAAUGUAUUUUAUCCUGGCUUAUGGGGCAACUGAAUAAAAAGCUAAUCCAAAGAAAAUUGAGGCAUUUCAAGUGAUUUAGGUUGGAUUCAAAAUAAAUAAAUAUGAAGUUAAUUUGA